GGACGUGCUCGGCAGCGCGUUUCCUGGAGGAGCCGCCAGGGUGGCCGAGAAGUCCGACUUCGCGGAACAGCCCCUCGAGGCCAAGCCGGAGUGGAGCCAGGACUAUGACGGCUACAAUUACCAUUAUAACUGGAGCCAGGAGGAGUCCACGCAACACGGCGCGGCGGGCGCGGAGGGCCUCGUGGGGGGCGGCGCCGCGCCGGGCGGGGCGCCGAUGCAACGCGCCAGUGACAUCGUCAGGGAGCUGCGGCAGCUCCUGGGCUUGGAUCCGGUCAGCGAGGAGGAUGCGCUCGGCCCCGGCGGUGACCACCGCGGAGGUGAGCCUCGCUCGCCCGCGGGCGGGGGUUCCGUUGCCGCCGAGCUGGCCUCCAAGUUCCGAGAGGACUUGUCGCCGUGGUUGGCUGAGCAGAAGGGGGAGCUGGGAAUCACCAGCGAGGUCGGCUUCCCUGGGCUGGAUCAGCCGCAGGAGACAAACCAUGGUGAGUCCAAGGU